AUGGAGUAUUAUCAGCAUUAUCGUAGUUGGAUGUAUGACAGAACAUUUCCGGGAAGAAGGGGAUUAAAACCCCAUUUUGUGGAAGGAGUUCACGGAUUUAUUUCAUGGGCAUGGGGACAACAAGCUUGUAAAGAUGAGGGAGGGAUAAGAUGUCCGUGUCUGAAAUGUGCGUGUAGAUAUAUAAAGACUGACCCCAAUGAAGUGAAGAAACACUUGGAGAAAGUUGGAUUUAUGCUUGAUUAUUGGGUUUGGAUUUAUAACGGUGAACAAUUUCAAAAUUUUGGGGUGGGAGUCAAUGCACAAGCUACGAGUAGUGGAAUAAAUGUGGAUGACAACGAGCAAUUCAACGAUGAACAAUUCAACAUGAUGAAUGAUAUGGUCGCUGAUGCUUUAGGUGUGGAAUUGUCUUACAAUAAUGACGUUGAAGAUGAACAAGGCGAACAACCCCCAAAUGAGCAAGCCCAGAGAUUUUACGAGUUGUUGAAUGAAUGUAAUGUCCCACUGUUUGAAGGGUGUACGCAAUCAAAGUUAUCAAUGUGUGUCAGACUUUUAGCUCAUAAGGCAAAAUAUGGUGUUGCUGAUAAAGGCGUGGAUGAAAUUACGGAGAUGUUGUUGGAUGUGACUCCUUUUAAAGAUAAUUUGCCAGCAACUUAUUAUGACGCUGAGAGGUUGGUGAUGAGGUUGGGAUUAAAAGUUGAUAAGAUUGAUUGUUGCAUAAACGGCUGCAUGUUGUUUUAUGACAAUGAAUUUGGGAAAAAUGACGGAGCAUUGGUGGAAUGCAAAUUUUGUCAAAGUCCACGGUAUCGUCUAACCAAGAGUGGGAGGAUUCCGAAUAAGACAAUGUUUUACUUGCCAAUAAUACCAAGAUUACAAAGAUUGUUUGCAUCGAUGAAAACUGCUAGUCAUAUGACGUGGCAUCAUUCAAACAAAAUUCCUGGAGUCAUGCGACAUCCAUCUGAUGGUGAAGCUUGGAAACACUUUGAUGAAGUAUAUCCUGAUUUUGCAGCAGAUCCGCGUAAUGUAAGACUUGGAUUGUGCUCUGAUGGUUUCACUCCACAUAUCCAGGCAUCAGGGAAACCCUAUUCUUGUUGGCCGAUCAUUGUAACCCCAUACAAUCUCCCUCCUGAGAUGUGCAUGACAAAGCCGUACAUGUAUUUGGCGUGUGUUGUUCCAGGGCCAGAUAACCCUAAAGCAGGCAUAGAUGUGUUUCUAGAACCUUUAAUUGAUGAUUUGAGGAGGUUAUGGAUUGGAGAAUUGACAUACGAUAUUUCAACCAAACAGAAUUUUCUAAUGAGAGCAUCUUUGAUGUGGACAAUUAAUGAUUUUCCUGCGUAUGGCAUGUUGUCUGGUUGGUGCACUCAUGGGAAAAUGGCUUGUCCACAUUGUAUGGAAAAUAGGAAGGCGUUUACUUUGGAAAAUGGAGGGAAGAGUUCGUGGUUUGAUCAUCGUUGUUUCUUGCCUCAUGAUCACCCGUUUAGAAAAAGUAAGAAUGGCUUCCUAAAGGAUCAGAGAGUAGUAGUUGGCCCGCCCCCUAAAAUCACAUCAGAAGAGGUGUGCACAAGAGUUAGUGAUUAUCCUAAAGUCACUGAUUUUGGCACAACUGUCCCAAUACCAGGAUACGGAGUUGACCACCACUGGACAAAAAAAAGUAUAUUUUGGGACCUCCCCUAUUGGAAAGAUAACUUGCUCAGACAUAAUCUUGAUGUAAUGCACAUUGAGAAGAAUUUUUUUGACAACAUAUUUAACACAGUGAUGGAUGUUAAAGGGAAGACAAAAGAUAAUGAGAAAGCCAGAAAAGACUUAGAAGUGUAUUGUAAAAGAAGGGACUUGGAGUUAAAACCUCAACCGAAUGGAAAGUUGUUGAAACCCAAGGCAAUAUACGCUCUAACUUCCGAAGAAGCUAAUGCAGUUUGUCAAUGGUUGAAAGAUUUGAGAAUGCCUGACGGAUGUUGUUCUAACUUGGGCAGGUGUGCCGAUGUUAAAACUGGAAGGGUAAUUGGAAUGAAAAGUCAUGAUAAUCAUGUUUUCAUGGAGCACUUACUACCAAUGCAUCUGGCAUAUGAGGCUAAGCUUGGCGGGCCUGUUCAAUAUAGGUGGAUGUACCCUUUUGAAAGAUUCAUGGGAGAUUCAAAACGAUCUAUUCAAAAUAGAGCUAGAAUUGAAGGAUCAAUUUGUGCUGUUUACGUUCAUAAGGAAACCUCAUACUUUCUCGGUCAUUACUUCAUCGACCGUGUGCUUGUUCCAACCACUACACGAAAUGAAGUUUAUGUUGACAGUGAAAGAGACCCGUUGACCUUAUCAGUUUUCAAUCUACCUGGUCGCCACGCUGGCAAGGCGAGGCAACAUUGGAUGAUAGAUGCGAAAGAGUACCGAUCAGCUCAUGUUCAUGUCUUAAUUAAUUGCACGGAGGUUAAACCAUACCUUGAAGAAUUUAAUACCUUUUAUGAAGAAUUUGGUGAUGAUUCGUCUGGUUACAUACAUGAAUAUUUUCCUGGUUGGUUUAAACAAAAAGUAUUCAAUGCCGAACCAACACAUGAAAUCCUUCGUUUAAGAGGUUUAGCUCAAGGUCCUUUACAAUGUGCCACUGAAUAUCAUACAUACUUCGUAAAUGGAUAUAAGUUUCAUACCCAAUCAUGGAGUGAGGGGAAGAAGACAUAUAACAGUGGUGUAUAUGUAAAAGGAGUUACAGAAGGAGGUGCAGAUGACUUCUAUGGCGUGAUCAAACACGUUUACGAGUUAUUUUACAAUCAAGAUAAAGUGGUGUUAUUUUAUUGUGACUGGUUUGAUCCCUCGCCUAGGUGGACAAAAAUGAACAAAAUAAGCCACAAUGUUGACAUUCGAGUGGACAAAAAGUAUAAUGUGUAUGAUCCGUUUAUCAUGGCACAUAAUGUUAGGCAAGUGUACUAUGUUCCUUAUCCCCCAACGCAACCACGCAAACGAGGGUGGUCGGUUGCAAUCAAAACAAAACCAAGGGGUCGCAUUGAGACUGAAGAACCAACUGAUGAAGUUGAGCAAAUUGAUGAAAUUUCAAAUGUUAAUGAGUUAAUUGAAGUUGAGCCGGUUACAGAUUGGCGUGAUGCACAAGUUGAAGGGGAUCAUGUUGAUCCUGAUGUUUUGUUAACUCCUAAUGAAGAUGAAAAUGAUGAGGAUGAUGUUGGUUUCGAAGAGCCCAAUGUUGAAAGGGAUCUGGAUGAAGGGGAUCAAGUCAAUGAAAGUGUUUUUGGAUUAUAA